AUGUCGACCACUAGCACAACAACGAGCCAGGCGGCCGAGGCGGUCGUUGAAAAGAUCCCACACGCACCAUCCCAAGAAGAUGCAAAGAACGCACUCGCUUCGCAGAUCCGAUCAUUAGGCGCGGGCGCCUUUGGUGGUGUCUGCUCCGUCAUUGUCGGCCACCCAUUCGAUCUCGUCAAGGUCCGCCUUCAGACCGCUGAACGUGGGGUAUACUCCUCGGCCAUGGAUGUUGUCAGGAAGAGCGUCGCAAGAGAUGGUCUGCGCCGUGGUCUAUACGCCGGUGUCUCAGCACCCCUCGUCGGUGUCACUCCCAUGUUCGCGGUCUCCUUCUGGGGCUACGACCUAGGCAAGCAAAUCGUCUCCGGCCUCACAACCGUCGGCCCUGACGGCUUCACCAUCGGCCAGAUCUCCGCCGCCGGCUUCUUCUCCGCCAUCCCCAUGACGGCCAUCACCGCCCCCUUCGAGCGCGUCAAGGUCAUCCUCCAGGUCCAGGACCAGAAGCAGCUCGCGCCCGGCGAGAAGCCCAAGUACUCGGGCGGGCUCGACGUCGUCCGCCAGCUCUACCGCGAG